AAAUAAAUAAAUAAAUAAAAACUUAAAAACGAAUUUUAUUAAAGGAUUAAAGUUUAUGGUUAUCACCCUAUGAUAAUAAGAUAAUUAAAGCGGUCACAAGUAGUUAACCCAAGACUAACUGUUAAAAUCAUGUUUCUAAAUUCAUAUAAUUUUUGAAAGUAUUUGAGGCUCUUGUAAUGUAAUAAAAUAAAAGUAAGCACUCAUAUAAUUUAGUACCUAAAAGCUAUUGCUACUGGAAUCUUAAAGAUCUUAAUUAUUUCUCCUGAAAGUAACAAUAAUUGAAAUGUUUUAAGAGGAAAAAAGAAAACUUCAGGAUCCAAGAGAUUAAAAGGCAAAGUAACAAUUCUAAAAGGCAUGAUUUCCAUCUUAAGUUCACCAACUGUGAAUACUUUAAUCAGAGAAGUAGUGUAGUAGUGCAUUAUUACAUAUAGCUUCUAUUUACAUAUAUUCUAUAAACACUAAUAUAUUAAGAUAACUAUUUUCUCUUUUUACAGAUGUUUCAGGUUGCUUUGACAGAACUUCUCAAAUUGUUUGUUAACUUUGUGUUAAUACCCUAAAACAAUGUUAACUUUGUGUUAAUACCCUAAAACAAUGGGUGGAAGAUAUACGAAUCAAUGUUCUAUAACUGCUUUUACUUUUACUGAGUAUAAGCUCCCAGAAAAUUAACAAGUUACCUUUGACAUCAAAUAGACUGUAUUAAUACUCAGACAACUCAAAAAUAUCCCUAAAGCCAUACUUGAAGAGGCAUAUUUGUUUACACACUCAGGCAAAUAUAACUUUCCGUAUAUAAAUAGUCUCAUGUGAGUGUAUACAUAUAUACACACACACACUUCUCCCAGCAAGCUUUUUCUUGCACAAAACGGACAAAUGUCUCCGGAAUACAGAUGUGUCCUUCCAUACAGAUGUGUCCUUCCAUACAAGAAACACUUUCGAAAAAAAUAAUUCAGGAAUAUAAUUUUAAACCGUAGCUUUGAGAGAGAGAGAAGGAAAACAAAAAGCAAAAAACAAAACAACCUUUCUCCUGGAGCCGGACAGCGUCGUUUUCUGUUUGUUUGUUUUUGUUUUUCAUAAUCCACAAUAAAUAAAAUUAGAUGGGGCACAAAUUUAAUAUCGAUUUUUUUUCAAACACUGAGAGAUAAUCACUUGCUUUUCAAAAUUAGGAAAUCGAUUAGAAUGUUUCCCAGGAUGCUAAAGAAGAGUUCUUCAAUUCAUUGUGGGCGGGGUCCGUGUGCAGAGAGUAAGGGAGAGAGGUGAGUGUCCUGAGACCUCAAAAAAGAAACGAAGUCAAACUGUCCUUGACUAAGCGCUAAGGAAACACUUUAAAGUGGAAACUGUCAGCGAACAGCUGCUUGGGAAAUGUGUUAAAUCGACCGGCAGCUUCGACUGGGGUUAAUCCAUAGGGGAGUUUUCUUGGUCUCCAGCACGCGAAUAGUGGGGUGAAUCACAAACUCCCUGGAACUUAGUGAAGACCCAGGCUCAGCUCUGGCUGUGGGCGGAGAAGCACCUAAAAGGAGCUGCGUAGGCCUGAGAAGCUGUAAGGGACACUGACUCUGCGGCGUUGUGAAGCCAGAAUACCAGGCUACAAGGAUUCGAGUCCGGGUAGAAGGGAGCAGAGAUAUAGAAUUAGAACACAGGGUCAAGAUACGGAACUGGGGUACGGGGCGCCUGAUGCAAGACAGGGAUGCCAGGCAGCGAUGCGGGGCCGAGGAGUUGUGCUGCACCCUGACGCGAGGCGAGGACGUAGGCUCCGCUGCCAAGUCAGGAUACCGGUCUGACUCCGGGAGCCGCGCACUUGUCAGUUCCCUCUUGGCCACGCCCCGGCGGAGUAAGUCCAGCUCCCCAGUGUUUAAGUAAGUCGUGGCACCAACGCAAAAUCCAAGCCUAAUUAAAUUAAUUAGGGAUUCUUGUCAAUCCUGGAUUAAUAGCCAAGAGCGCAGGCGGCUGAGGUAUCUGAAAACCCGGACGGCCUGGGACCUGACUCCUCUUCCCACCCCCUCCGGUCCCCUUUCGCUGUCCUCCCUCUGCAGCCCUAGACAGCCUGGACUCCAGCCUUAAUCAAUCUCUCUCUCUCUCACUCUCUCACACUCUCUCUCUCUCUCUCUCUCUCUCUCACACACACACACACACACACACACACACACACACACACCCAUCUCCCAACCCCCAUUCCCCCCACCCCCAGGUACUGGCGCGGGUGCUACCCGGGAAGGGGCUCCCUCGGAGUUGCGAAGGGGAGGUAAUUUACUCAGAACAAGGGGCCGCCUUUGCGAAGUAUAAAUAGUGAGACUUCAAGCGCUGCGUUGCUAUCAGAUCUGAACUCUCCUCAGGAAGAAUUGUCAAAGAUCUUAACAUUGAACAAGCGCGCUCCGGCAGGGAAGCAUCAGUUCCCAUUUCCCUCCGGCGGCCCCCGCCCCUUCCCUCUUCCUCUUCCUCCUCCUCCUCCACCUCCUCCUCCUCUUCCUCCUCCUUCUCCUUGUCCUUCUCUUCUUACUUCUUUUCCUCCUUCUACUUCUCCUCUUUCUUCUUUCUUCUUUUUCUUCUUCUUCCUCCUCCUCCCUCUCCUCCCCCACCCCCUGCCCCAUUGAUGUGUGGUUAUUGGGGGGGCUGGAGCAGUAAAAAAAGAAGAAGGAAAAAAAGAGCGGGGCUCGGCUGGGAGAGGUUGAGCGUGGGGCUGACGGGCUUCUGUGGCGAUGGAAGAACUUACGGCGUUCGUCUCGAAGUCUUUUGACCAGAAAGUGAAGGAGAAGAAGGAGGCGAUCACGUACCGGGAGGUACUGGAGAGCGGGCCGCUGCGCGGGGCCAAGGAGCCGACCGGCUACGCUGAGCCGGGCCGCGACGACCGCAGCAGCCCGGCAGUCCGGGCGGCCGGCGGAGGUGGCGGCGGCGGAGGAGGCGGCGGCGGAGGAGGCGGAGGAGGCGGAGGAGGUGCAGGAGGAGGAGGAGCAGGCGGAGGAGCUGGAGGAGGGCGCUCUCCCGUCCGGGAGCUGGACAUGGGCGCCGCCGAGAGAAGCAGGGAGCCGGGCAGCCCGCGGCUCACUGAGGUGUCCCCGGAGCUGAAGGAUCGCAAAGAGGAUGCGAAAGGGAUGGAGGACGAAGGCCAGACCAAAAUCAAGCAGAGGCGAAGUCGGACCAAUUUCACCCUAGAACAACUCAACGAGCUGGAGAGGCUUUUUGACGAGACUCACUACCCGGAUGCCUUUAUGCGCGAAGAACUGAGCCAACGGCUGGGGCUGUCCGAGGCCCGAGUGCAGGUUUGGUUUCAAAAUCGAAGAGCUAAAUGUAGAAAACAAGAAAAUCAACUUCAUAAAGGCGUCCUCAUAGGGGCUGCCAGCCAAUUUGAAGCUUGUAGAGUAGCACCCUACGUCAAUGUAGGUGCUUUAAGGAUGCCAUUUCAGCAGGAUAGUCAUUGCAACGUGACGCCCUUGUCCUUUCAGGUUCAGGCGCAGCUGCAGCUGGACAGCGCCGUGGCGCACGCGCACCACCACCUGCACCCGCACCUGGCCGCGCACGCGCCCUACAUGAUGUUCCCGGCACCGCCCUUCGGACUGCCGCUCGCCACGCUGGCCGCGGACUCAGCUUCUGCCGCCUCCGUUGUCGCUGCCGCUGCUGCCGCCAAGACCACCAGUAAGAACUCCAGCAUCGCGGAUCUCAGACUGAAAGCCAAAAAGCACGCGGCAGCCUUGGGUCUGUGACGCCAACGCUAGAGCCAAUGUUGCGCCAGCAUUGCGGCGCGCGCUGCCUGCACGUCCUCCGAGCCCCACUGCUUCUACAUUACCCGCUCCGGACCUCUGGAGCCCAGCCUCUUUCCGCCCUGUUCAUCCCUUGCCCCUCCUUCCGCAUCCCAGACUCGGAGGGUGGGACGCAGGAUCCCACGAGGCGUACCAGCUCCGUGGUUCCUGACUUACCCAAGGGCCUAGAAUUCGGCUUUGUGGGGCGGGUUUGGGAAGUCUGGAGAGAGACUGGACAAGGGAGUACUGGGACGGAGGUGUGACUCAUGGCAAAACUACAAGAAGAACUCGCGUAGAAAUAAAAAUCCUGUUAAUAAAAAGUGAAGGGAAGAGUAGAAAAGACAAACCUGAGAGAAAAAGAGAAAGGGAACUUAUUGCUAUUCGGCAAAAGCUGAAAUCGGAGAGCGAACCACGGAAGAAAAAAAUUAAAAAUUAAAGUAUUUUGUACAUUGAAAAUAUGGAAAAAAUAACCUGGACUGAUCUCGAGAAAUUUGAGGGUGGGGGGUUUACCAACUUAAAGUGUAUGUUUUUUUUUUUUUUAAUGGGCUAAGAAGGCAAAACAGAAGGAAGAGGUAUACUUAUUUAAAGAAUUAAGAUAAAAAAGUACGCAGCUGGGAAGUUCACAGGUUUUGAAACUGACCUUUUUUUCUGCGAAGUUCACUUUAAUACAAGAAAUUUGAUAAGAGAGGCGGGCCUCCUUUUACGUUGAAUCAGAUGCUUUGAGUUAAAAACCACCGCGUAUGGAAAAGCAAGAAGAGGGAAGACAGUAUAAAAACGAGGAGAGGAAAAAAAUGAUAUUCAUACAAAAAUGAUACCACAGACAAUGAUUUCUCUGAGAAAUUAUUAUGGCAGAACUGUCCAGACUGCUGACAGUAAAUCCUGGUUUGCAUGUUACUUGUAUUCCAUUGAUGGUGUCUCCCCCACUCCCCGCUUUACUCACAUGCACUUAACUCCAUUUUCAUUUUCAGUAUGAAAACAAUACCCAAAGCGUCUGGAAAUUGAUAUAUAUUUCUAUCUGUAUUUUUUGCCCUAUCUUUGAUCAUGAGGGACAAAAGAAAAAAGUUUGAAGGGGAAAAAAUUUACACUCUGUUUAUCCCAAGAAAACAGAGGCAGGUAGAGAAUGUGGGGAAAGGAAAAGGGAAACAAGAUCAAAUAAAAUAAUGAAGGUACAGCGCCUCACGUGGUGCCUGAUGCAUAGUAGGCUCUCAGUGUUUGUCCCCUCCCUCCCCCUUUCUUGUAUUCCCUCUUGCUGAUUUCCUGAAGUCGUAUUUCAGGACCUUGCUUUAUUUCCCCCUCUCUAACCCAACACACUCACUUUAAACAACACCCAGCUAGAUACAGGCACUAGGUUUGUGUAAAAUAUGUUGAUACACACGAACAAAGUUUAUUUUGGCUAUAAUGUGUGAACUGAUGGUUGAAACAUUUGCAUUUUAUUCACAAAGGUGUAUAUUCAAGUAAUUUUUUUGUCUCAAUUCUUGCAGCUAUUUAAACUGGGGUACCCCAGACUAAGCAAUCUGUAUCCAGAUUCUCUAAAAAUCUUCCUUAGUGUUUUGUUUUGUUUUGUUUUUUAAUCCCUUCUAAUUUACAAGAGAGGAAAAGCUCUUUUAACUGAACUUUGGUAUGCGGUUGAGCUUUGUAACUAUUUGUUCUCCAUGAAAACAAAUUAUUUAUAUUUGCCAUAUUUUUUCUAGUGUAUUAAGUUAUUUUAAACAAAAGAUGCUGUUAUUUCAUGACGUGUUGUCGGUACAAAAUGUUUCGGUCUCAUCUCUUGUUAAACAUUUUAAAUAAGUGCCAAGUUAUUAAUUGAAGACACUUUGCGAUCAAUUGAAUGAAAAUAGUAUUGUUUCAUUUGA